AUUUCCGCAUGAUGUGUCAAAACAAAUAACUUCAUUUCAGGCGAUGUGAAUGGGAUAUUGCUUGGACAUCUUUCACUGCAGUCUGGCUCACAUUUAAUCUGCCUAAAUGGAUUAUUCUGGAAAAGAAAAGGAAGCUAUGGCCAUCAUGGCUGAGGCAGACAAGAAAAUGAAAACGUCGCAUUCGGUAUUCGGGUCGUUUUUUGGGAGUUCCUCCAAAGUCGAGGAGGCCUGUGACUUGUACGUGAGAGCUGCCAACAUGUUUAAGAUGGCCAAGAACUGGAGUGCUGCAGGAGAUGCCUUCUGCAAAGCUGCACGACUGCAUUUGCAGGUGGAAAGCAAGCACAACGCAGCCGUAAACUUUCUUGAUGCUGGCAAUGCGUUCAAAAAGGCUGAUCCUCAAGAGGCUAUAAGCUGUUUCUGUCAGGCCAUUGACAUCUACACAGACAUGGGACGUUUCAACAUUGCAGCAAAACACCACAUAUCUAUUGCUGAAAUCUAUGAAUCUGAGUUACUGGACAUAGAUAAAGCCGUUGCUCAUUAUGAACAUGCUGCAGAUUAUUACAAAGGAGAGGAGUCCACCAGUGCAGCCAACAAGUGUCUUCUCAAAGUGGCAACAUAUGCGGCUCAGAUGGAGCAGUACCAGAAAGCCACUGAAAUAUUUGAGCAGAUUGGGACUUACUCCAUGGACACUACCUUGUUGAAGUAUGGUGCUAAGGACCAUUUCUUCAAAGCAGCACUGUGUCACUUCUGUGUGGAUAUGCUCAACUGCAAGCUGGCUGUACAGAAGUAUGAAGAAAUGUAUCCAGCCUUCUCAGAUGCUAGAGAGUGCAAACUUCUUAAGAAACUUCUUGAUGCACAUGAAGAGCAGAAUAUUGAUGCAUACGCUGAUGCAGUAAGGGAAUUUGACUCCAUCACCAGGCUUGAUCAGUGGCAGACCACCAUGUUACUAAGAAUCAAGAAGACCAUUCAGGACGCGGAGAAUGACCUUCGCUAAAGUGAAGUCAUGAUUCCAAGCUCAUUCCCCAUUCUCAUUUUCUUCCUCUCACUUCACAGUGAUUCCUUUCUUACCGUGUUUAUUAUUCAUUCAUAUAUGUGAAAAUGAAGGUCACAUGCACAUUAUACACAUUAUUGUCUUAAGACGUUUUCUCCCAAGUCCUACUGUCUUCAAAGAAAUUUAACCUUUAUCCCAAAGAACACUGUGAAGUCUCCUAGAAUGACACUCGGUAUAGAAUUUAUUUUACAAGCUUUGACCACAACAUUCCUUUGUUGUAAAUGUAACUCCUCGUAAAUCUGAUUAUUUGAUGUGUUACCAUUUGCGUUCGUGCUUGUGCAGCUUCAGUAGU